UAAGCGCACUACUAAAACGUGAAAAUCGCCCGCCGGCAGCUCUGAGCGGAGCGAACCGUAAAGACGCUCAACUAAAACUCUAUUCAAAAGAAGCGUUUUACAGUAACUGCAGUUGGAGGUGCCUUAUCAAUGGAACCGUUGACAGAGGACGGCGGGGUGCGGAAAGAGGUGGUUCAACCUGGCGUGGGCCCACUGAUCUCUGAGAAUUGCACCGUCAUCUUGCACUAUAAUGCCUAUGUAAGUGACAAUAAGAGUGAGCCCUUCGACUCAACCUGGCUGCGGAACCAGCCUCACAGAUGCAGUCUUGAAGAGCUGAUGGUCCCUGGUCUGGCAGUGGCAGUACGGAGUAUGCGUCGAGGUGAACAGUGCCGUGUAGUGGUCUCACCUAAAUAUGGGUUUGGUGACCUGGGUUGCCGGCCUCGCAUCCCACCACGUGCCACUCUGCUCUACGAGUUGACACUGCUUAAUUUCAUAGAGACUGAGUUUGAUGGUGACAUGGACGGUUUGGAGCGUGAAGACUACAGAGAGCUUCCCUUUGACGUUGUGUAUGAGAUGUGCUGCCGCAAGCACCGAAAUGGGAACCGCUUCUAUGGCGCUGACGACUAUGCAAGUGCAGCACGCUGCUAUGCUGCGGCCGCCAAAGUUUUGGAGUGGAUGCAGGAGACUGCGGACAGCGAGUACCGCCACCGUGAGCUGCUGUUGAAGCUAUACGCCAACCAAGCACAGUGCGCAUUGCGGAUGCGUAAUGCAAAACUGGCGGUGGCCAGCGCGCGGCGUGCACUCCAGCUGGACCCUGACUCUGUCAAGGCACUGUACCGGUGUGCAGUGGGGCUGCGCAUGCUCGGAGAGUUUGAGGAGGCGGCUGAGCUGCAGCGGCGAGCCUAUGCCCUGAUGCCCAACUCGUUGCAUAUAGAGCGCGAGCUCUGUGCUCUCAACAGAGGCCUCUUCAACCAAAAGCAGGAGGUAGCUCAGCUCUGCCGCAACAUGAUGCGUGCACUUGGGACUGACGGCAGCGCCUGUGAGGAGCGUGAGGCCAGCUGUAGGCGUCUGCGCCUGGCCACUGAACAGGCUGUGGAGCCAUUCACUCGUCAUGUGAUCCGCAAGGCAGUCGAGGCACUAGCUGCUGCAGAACCUGGCACGGAGCUGCCGUUUGUUGGUGACUUCAACCAGAAGGAGCUGGCAUAUGUGCAGAUGCUGUGCAAUGACCUGGGUCUCCCUUGCCGUGAAGUUGACGGUGGGCUUAAGGCUUGCCAGGCAGCACUGGUCCGCGACACUUUCAGGUGCGCCUGAAAAGUGCAACUUGUGCAUUAAUGCAUCGCUUUAAGUUCACGUUACAAUAAAGCUGAAAAUACUAAGUGAAAUAAAAGAAGCAAUGAACUUUGUG